ACUUGAAAUCCACAACUUCAGUUUUCGCUAUUCUGCAAUCUUUCAGCUCAAUCCUCUACCUUAAUCAUGCCUAAAGCAGAGUCCAAGACCCGUGGCAAGAAGGGCAAGGCCGACGGCGGCAAGAAGAAGAAGGAUCCCAACGCACCCAAGCGUGGUCUCUCCGCCUACAUGUUCUUCGCCAACGAGCAGCGCGAGAAGGUCCGUGAGGAGAACCCCGGCAUCAAGUUCGGCGAGGUUGGCAAGAUGCUUGGUGAGAGGUGGAAGGCUCUCUCCGAGAAGCAGCGUACUCCUUAUGAGGCCAAGGCUGCUACCGACAAGAAGCGUUACGAGGAGGAGAAGGCCGCCUACCAGGCUGGCGCUGAGGACGACGACGAGUCCGACUAAGCAUUUGAUCAAAUUCAUUUGCAAGUCCUCGUUUAUCUCCACAGGCGCGACGUUCAAUGCUAGGUCGGGCUGAACCAGUUCAUCUUGGAUGCAUCCCGGUGGUGGUCAUGGUGCAAUGGUCCUAAGAUGCGAAGCGGAAUUAUUCUCUUUGCGUUUAUAUGCUUUCUUAUCAUCUCUUUAUCGGCUAGGUUCAGAAAGGUCAAUUACAUGAUGUGAAUAGGCGGCUAUACCCCACGAACUGCUCUGCAUGUUGCAGUGCGGCAAUGGGUCAAGUCAUCUAUCAGUCACUGAUGCUUCAGGCGUCCGUCGCGCUGCAGACGUGAAGGCAUCACGAUCUCAUGACUUGUGUACACUAGUUUUAACAACGGUAUGAAAGA